AUGAACCUUGUUGCCAAAAAGCAAAGCCAGUGGGAGCAACCUCUUCCAGAGCUAAAGCUCCACUUCCUGAUCGAUACAGACUACUUCAUGGCUGUAGCUGUUCUCUCAGCUCAAAGAAGCAAAGACCCAAACACUCAGGUGGGGGCAUGUUUAGUGAACCAGGACAAUAAGAUAGUUGGCACUGGUCACAAUUGUAUGCCCAAUGGCUGUGAAGGCAAACUGCCAUGGAAUCGCAAAGGUGAUAAACUUGACACAAAAUACAUGUAUGUGUGCCAUGCUGAGCUGAAUGCCAUAGUGAACGCGAGCGCGAAUGCUGAUGUGAAAGGCUGCACCAUGUAUGUGACUUUGUUCCCCUGCAAUGAGUGUACCAAACUCAUCAUCCAGGCAGGUCUGAAGGAAGUGGUUUAUCUUUGUGACAAGUACCACAAUACACCUGGAACGAUAGCAUCCAAAAGGAUGCUUGACAAGGCGGGGAUACCGUACAGGCGCUUUGUGCACACAAUGCCUCAAAUUGCCAUUGCUUUGCCUUUCAUUGAAACUCCUGGAAAUGAAAAUGCCUAAGACUCAUCUUGGGGAGCUGCUGAAUGGGGCAGUGAGGCAGAAGAAGAAUCAGCAGAAAAUGGAUUUGGGACGGGUUUGGAGAAUAAUAUGACCAAGACUAAUUUGCAGGUCAAAUCUGAAAUUAGAAUAUUUGGUUUGACAAAUUAUAGAACAGAAUGUAAUAAAGGAAACUGGAAAAAAGCAUAUGAAAUGAAAAAAGAAGUAACGAAAUGGG